AUGACGGAUCGCCACAAUGAGGCUGCCUACUACCCCACCGCGGACCCGGCACGGAUGGGACCCGAGUUUGACUUCUUUGCCGCGAUACCGUACCUCUGCGAGUUUUGCCUGUCUAGGCCCCAUGUCGUCUACCAACCGCCCACUCUUGUAGAUCUAGUGGCUGCAGGUGCUAUUCCUGUCGAACACACGUCGGAAUUGAACAGCGUACUCCCAACCAUCACCCUCUCCGCCGAGGUCGCCCCGUGGCGAGCCACCACUCACGAAAGCUCAGGCACUGCCACUUCUUCCAGAUUUCUCCGCCCACCGGAGCGCGAGGGAGCCGAGGCGAUUGCGGAGGAGCUGCAGCGUGGCGCUCACGACACGAGUGACCAGGAAUACUGGAGUGAGGAAUACUGGAAGUCACUGCAAACAGAUGAGUUGGACUUUGCAGAUAGUCUGGCAACAAGUUCAUGCUUUCAAAGCACCAAAGACUUCGACUCUCCCUCUUUGAAGGGAGUUUCUAAGGCGUCAGCAAAACACCGUACUAGGGGGGUAGCAAGGCGAAAUGUUGGGGUCUUAACUACAGGCCAUUCUUGGAACGAACGUCUGGAUUUACAUUCCUUUUGCCCUCAUCGACCGACGUCUUGUGAGUACGGAAGCUCAGUCUCGUCGGUGCGGGGCCAUGCUGCGCUUGGUCCAGCGUCGCGAGCUGGGGCGCGGAUGUGUGGAGAUCGCGAGGUGCGCUUGGGACUGCAGGGUGUCAGUAGUCCAAUUCAAUCUUCGAAGAAACUUGAAGCCUUAAGGAACACGAGGGAUAAAACAAAACGACCGCGGCAACCCCCAGGGCGUGUGGCGGCCUCUUUGAAGCCCAAGAGCCGUUUUGGCAAAGCUACGGGCAGCAUAGGGGAGGCAGGUGCAUUUAGGGUUUAUUCAUCGGGAGAAAAGGAUGACUUUCUCUUCCUUAACGCUAGUGGGACAGGCCAGUUAAGCAUAAGUGUCUCAUCCUCGCCGAGAGAGGUUGUGAGGAGUGAGAAAAUAAACGCCAAACCAAUGACGACAGUGCCACUUCCCGGCGCUCAUAACGCGAGAGCCUCUGUUUCGAGAGGCCCUGUUGCAGGUCAUUCCCAUCCGGAGACACUUGCACCGAAAGCUACAGCAUCCCCUCGGACUGCACCCAAACUAACUUCUGCACCGCAUUGGGAGAAGGAAUUCCAGAAACGCACUCUGGCAUCUGCCCUUUCAGGCAGUAGCGUGAAACCGAGGGAUGACAGCAAUGAGGGUGGCGGUGGUAACAGAAAAAACACUAACACAGAGAAAAUCUUACCCAUCACUUCUGGGAAAGACGCUGCAGUGAGUCGAAACAAUAGUGGAGUUCUGGUUCCAGUUGAAACUCCCCAUGUAGAGGAAUCAAAACAAGUAAUAUCUCGUUUGGAUCGGAAAGGCGUUGAGAGUGGCGGGACUUCAGUUGGUGCCGAGGUGGGUGUACUGAGGCCUCUGGGGCCUAAUCCUCUCCUAAGGGACGAAAAGCAAAUGACAACAAAGUGUUGCACGCUGAUGUAA